UUAAAUGUUACGUUCCUUUUAAAAUGAAUGCAAUGAUUCAAUGAUUCUAUUAAAUGAUUUCAUUCAUUUUAAAGAGAACUGCAGCAGAAGAAGCACGCAAUUUUUUUUUCUUAAUAUCAUCAUUGUGAUAAACUUCAAAAAUGUCCCGACCUAUUUUGUACUCCGCGAACAGAAGUCCUCCCUGUAGAGGUGUUUUUUUAACAGCAGCGGCUAUUGGACUUGAAUUAGAAAUUCGCGAAACUAGUCUUCAAACAAAAGACAAUAUGACACCAGAAUAUAUCAAGAUGAAUCCACAACACACUAUUCCCACUUUGGAUGAUAAUGGAUUUAUUCUUUGUGAUAGUCAUGCAAUUAUGGUUUAUUUGGUCCAAAAAUAUGCCAAAAAUGAUUCUCUUUAUCCAAAGGAUUUACAGACUCGGUCAAUAAUUGAUCAAUUUCUUCAUUUUGAAACAGGAUAUUUGUUUGGUACAAUGAGAGCCCUUGCUAGACCAAUGUAUUUAAGUGGCAAAUAUUGUGUCACGGAUGAAAAAAUUGACAUGUUGAACAAUGCAUAUGAAAUUUUUGAAAAGUACCUUGAAGGAAAAAAAUGGCUUGUUGGCGAUUCUUACACGUUGGCUGAUAUUAGUUGUGUUUCAACUCUUUCCAGUCUUAUAUUUAUAAGGCCUUUGGACAAAUAUCCAAACAUGCGAGCUUGGCUAAAAACAUGCGAACAAAAUCUUCCGAGUUAUGCAGAAAAAAAUGCACCUGGAAAUCAGCUAGUGGAACAAUUUUUCACGAAUAUCUUGCCUCAUUCUCUCUAAUUUUGAAAAUUUAAAUAUUUUCUCUUUUAUUCCAGAGGCAUAUUAAAAAAAAAA